UGGUACACAGCAUUAUUAAUAAUGUUAUUUAUUCUUUAUUUCUAUAAUGUUUAUGGUCGUAGAGACUUCAAUUUGCUUGUUGGAUUUGUGCAGCUAGAAAUUUUAGAAAUGUGUUUGAAAUGGAUAAAAUUAGAUUUAUCCGACAAAGACUGAAAUUCAAUUAAACUGGAAUGUGACCUGUUAUGUUGUGUCGUUAGUUUAUUGAAAUUUGUGUUGUGAUUUUAAUGAUUGAUGUAACGAACGUAUGUACGGCAAGAUGGACGAAUUGUCUAAGGGCAUGACACAAACAGGAAGCACCGCUGCAACUGACAAAAUUCAAGAAAAUAAUGCAGGCUCGGCGACAGCGGUAGUGUACGUGACUGAUUCUUGCUUGGAGUGGGAGCGGGUGCGGGCGGCGUGCGAGCGGCUGGGCGCGGUGGCGGCGGCGCCGGGCGCGGAGCUGCUGCCGCCGCCGCUGCCGCCGCCCGCGCCGCCCGCCUACCUCGUCACCGCGCACUUCAGCGGGGACCUCUUCGAUGCCGCACACAAGGCCAAGUACAGGGUGCUCGGGCCGACGGCGGUGCUGCAGCUGGCAGACCGCGACGAGCCCGCUCCCACGAACACGCGCCCCUUGUACUCCCUAGCCAUGCGCGGCGCCGUCAUAUGUUUCUCCGGCUUCCGGGACAAGGAAGAGCUUACGUACCUGAUAACGCUAAUACACUACAUGGGCGGCUCGAUACGAAAGGACAUGUCCAGCAAAGUGACGCAUCUGAUUGCGGCCGCAGCCACCGGUGAGAAGUACCGGUACGCGACGAUGUUCGCGCUGCCCGUGCUAGACCGUUCGUGGGUGCACGCGUGCUGGGAGCGCCGCGAUGACCCCGCCUGCCUCGCCACCAAUGAUGACGUCAUCAAGGGGCACAAGUUGAAAGUGUUCGCGGGUGCGCGCGUGUGCUUCGUCGGCUUCCCUGCGGAUGAGACGCAGCACAUGGCCGAGGUGCUCGCCAGCAACGGCGGCUCCGCGUGCCAGGUCGACGACCUCGACUGCACGCAUGUCGUAAUGGCCAAUGGGGAGACUUACGGUCGUUCGCUUAUCCUGUCACCUCACCCGAAAACCCCUAACACCUCGACAAAACUCUCCAGAGCCACCCCGAAUCGCUCCCAGUCCACUCCCAAGAGUUCUCUUUAUCGCAGGCUCUCGGCUAGGCUUUCAGGCCGGCGCAAUAGUCCUAAUGUACAAAGCACCGACGUCGAAGAACAAAGUAAAGACCAAAGGGAUAAAAGAAUACAACUCGCCAGAAACAGUAUUAGAGAUAAGCAGUUAGCAGGUGUAGAACAUACCGAUAACAGUAUUAGUUUUAUAGGAACAUCAUUCAUUGAUGAUUUAAGCCCUAAUGGCAGUAAGAGUCCGUCACAUGUUGAUCAUGUCGAAUUACGCAGCUAUAAAUCUUCUGGCAAAGAGAACAAACGCAUAUCUCAAUUAGCAAAUGACAUUGUAGGAAUGAACGUUAAGGAUAAACGAGAAGUUUUUAGGAAUAAAUCAUUGAACAUGUUCAACUUGGUAGACUGUUUAACGGAGGCCGGGUCACUUCAUUCAUCGCUUACCAAGAGUCUAUGUGAUUUGGACGCCAAAGAUGAGCCAGGCUCCUUGCUGCUGCCUACAUCAACGGCCAGUACCGAACUACAGCAUUCUACCACUACUAUAUCAUCCGGGAAAAAGAGAAGUCGCAAUUCGACCGACUCUAAUUUCCAAAUAAGCGUCGUCGAUGCUAAUCUUUCCCCAGAUAAAGGUGAGGAAAGUAACUGGAAAUCGAUAAAAAGGCUAAAAAUAAAAGAUUCAUUUAAGUUUAAAAAUAGACCAACGAUAUUUAAGAGAACAAAAAAGGAUUCCGUCUCCAAGGCAGGUGAAAUAACAGUGGAGCCGGUCAGUCCAGAGAGCUUGAAGCCGACUGAUCCCGCAGGUGAAUUUGUAGCAUCUACAUCCUCGCCCAUCAGAGAAGACGACAACGCAUCCAUUUGCUCAGUGAACACUAGUAAACAGUCGGGAUUUUUUGACAUAUCCUUCGCAUCGAUACGUAGCUCGAAAACUGUGAAAUCGGCAUCCAAACUAAGGAGGAGUGUGAAAUCGUUCACCGCUUCUUUCAGGAGCGAGAGAAAGAAGAAAUACGAGAAGAGAGCGGAACGGAACACUGUGGAAGUGGACGCUUGCCACCUGCCCGCUGAUUUGAGGAACGUGUCGACGCCAAAGCGGAAUUUGGACGACAUGAACCUGGAUAUUUCGCCAGUGCAAGUGGACACGGUGGAUAGCACGGAUAAUAUGAUUACGUCCGUGAGGCCGGAUGUUGAUGAGUUGGACGAGUCUGCAGUGUUUAAAACGCCACAGAGCGUCUGGCUGAGAGCCCACCGUCACUCGAUAUGCGCAGAAGUUCGAUCUCCCCCUCCCCCUCCCUCCCCGCGCGACCAGCCGCCGCCCGCCUCGACGCUCCUCACCCGCGACGCUCGCGCCAUAUCGCAAUGCCAUGGAAUAUCGCUGCCGGUGGUGGACGAACACAACACGGCGCUCGCGCCUGACUGCAAUGCACGCGCGCACAUUGUCAAGGCAGAGUGGUUCUGGGCCUCGGUGCAAAACGAAGAGGCGCAAGAUGAGAAGGACUUUUUGUACAAAGAUUACCUAAGCGAGAUGUCGCGGCGAUCGUCCGUGGGCGGGGCGUGCGGGCCGACUGGCGAGGAAUCAUGCUCGGGUACACCGGGCGGCGUGGGUGGCUCUACAGCGGGCAACACUCCCGCGCAGUUGCAGCGGCUACGGAAACGGAAACUGAUGCGUGGGGCGGACGCGGCGUUACACAAACGACGCUCAUCCGUCAGCGACGCCGUGCUGUUGAGUCUGUCGGGCAACCUGCUCGACUGCACGCCCUCGCCUGACGGCAAACAACUGCUAGAGGAAUCAGAAGUACCGGAUAAUGUUGUGCGGAAGUUGAUGUCGCCACGCCAACAGGUCUUCAUGGAGCUCCUGCAAACAGAGUCCAAUUAUGUCAGCAUAUUACAUACGAUAGUUACGAUGUUCAAACAACCUUUAGAAGAAAUGGUAGAAGAGGACACCAGCAGUGGGAAAAGCCAAGCAUUGCUCAACAACACCGAACUGAAAAAUAUAUUUGGAAACUUACCGCCUAUUUACGAAUUACACCAGCGUAUGUUAGAAGAACUACGCUACGCUCAAGCGAACUGGAGCGAAGAGGUGAGCAUAGGGCGACUGGUGCUCAAGUACACGCCCGACAUGCUCAAAGCGUACCCGCCCUUCAUCAACUUCUUCGAGAAUACCAAGGAGAUGCUGCAGCAGUGCGACCGUGAGAACCCUAGAUUUCAUGCAUUCCUGAAAAUCUGUCAGACCAAACCAGAAUGUGGCCGACAAAGUUUACAAGAGCUCCUAAUAAGACCCGUGCAGCGUCUACCUAGUAUAAGUUUAUUAUUGGAUGACAUAUUGAAGCACACGCACAAGAACAAUCCCGACCAUGCGGCGCUAGUUUCCGCACUGGCGGGACUGAGGGAGGUGAUGUCUCACAUCAACGAAGACAAACGUAAAACCGAAGGGCAGCUGCAGAUGUUCGACAUUUACAACGACAUCGACCAGUGUCCGCCUCACCUGGUGUCGUCGCACCGCACGUUCGUCGCACGCUGCGAGGUGGUGGAGCUGUCCAAGGAACUGUCCGGCCGUGGCGACCAUCUAGUGCUGUUCCUCUUUACAGACACCAUGGAAGUCUGCAAGAAAAGAUCCAAAGUUUUCAACAGCAAAAGUCCCACAAACGGCACGAGUACAAUGAGGAUAGGGUCGAGCAAACCCUACCGCCACAUAUCGCUGAUGCCGCUCAGCACCGUCAAAAGGGUCGUCGACAUCAGGGAAGCUGAAGACUGCCACAACGUGUUCGCUCUAAUGUGCCGAAGCAACCAAGAGUUAAAAGAGAAGCUCUAUUCGUUCAUGAUAACGGACGAAGCGGUGGACAAGUCGCACUUCCUGCGGCAACUCUGUCGACAGAUGGCCAACACUGUCUGCAAGGCCGAUGCGGACAAAUUCCUAGCGUGCCUGGAGUCGCACCAGCUCGAGAUCGACACGAGCGACCUGGCGCUCAGCACGCUCUCCAAAGUGUCCAAGUUCGCCGCGCGGACCAGAAUCAAGCUGGAGGCGAUGGCCGGGCUGGGCGGGUGGCUGCGCGCCGAGCCGGGUGCCGGCCUGCUAGACACAUGGGUAUUGCGCGCUCACUUACUCGCACAGGUGGGUCGCGCGUUGUCGUUCAACAAGACUCCCUCGAAGCUAAAGCGAGCGAUGUCGUCGAUGAUCUCCCCGUUCGGGUCCACCACCAACCUGCCGGCCGCUCAGCUCGCGCAGAUGCGACUCGCCAGUUGUAAUAACAUCAAUGAGAUGGGCGCGAGUGGAGGCACGUGCUCAGAAGGCGGCGGGGAAGUGCUUGUGGCGCCGCUGUCCGUGCAGCCCACGCGCAAGGCGGCCGCCGCACUGCGCCGCUUCUGACGCCGCACCGCCGCCGCCUGACUGCUGACCCGCAACACUAACACUAACGCGUAGCCAUGCCCCGAUACCACCGUGUGAACACUGCUAUAGUGCGCGAAACAAUACGUGACUGUAAGGCUGGUUUUAUCGUUACGCGUUUCGGCAAGCCCGUUGGAGCACGCGCGCUUGGGUUGUAUAUAUGUAUGGGUUAGUUGCGUUUCAAAGUCGCGCGCUUAAGAGGCGCCGUUUGGUAAACGCUGUUGAACAGCGCGCUGCCCAACGGGGCAUCUAGCGGCGUGACUAUAAAACCAACCUAUGGCUGGGCGAGUACAGUUUCCUGAUCAGAGAUUCAGCUUCGGAAUUCCGUGAGCCUAGCAGAUGUUAAGGUUUUUUUUAUUUGGUAGUUUCCGAGACGAACGUUAGGUUUUUUCCAUUUUGAAAAAUAUAAUCGUUAGUGUGCGCCUCGUUGAACAUUUUGUGUGGAAGUACGUGCAUUCAAGUCUCCGAAUCUGUAUUCCUGAUCAGGUAAUCGUACUUAUGUGCCCAGUCGAAGUAACUACGCCCUCACGGACACGCCGUGCUCACACUGCUACGCACUACGCGAGACGCAAUCUAUGUCGGCAUGUACCGAGCGAAUUGUCAACACUAUUUGUGGUACUAUUAACCAAUUUGACUCUUGACACACCAUAAACUUUUUUCAUAAAAUAAGAUGAAGCAUUUCAAUAAAAUCUUUAGCUUAAAUGUAUAACCCCAGGAUACAAACUUGUUAUUUUCUCAACAAUUGCCACCUACCAAUCAAAAGAGUUUGUUUUAUACUGCGAUUAUAUAUCCAAAUUUUAUCUAAAAUAUGAUCUACUAAGUUGGUAACAAAGGUGAAAUUUCAAGGACCUUUGAUCUUUAUUAAUAGUUACAUGGUUAAAAUGCAUUUUCUAUACAAGAAAACUUAGCUGUUUUGUAAUUUUCAAGCGAAUCAAGUAAGUGAGUAAGGAAUCAAUAUCAUGGAUAUUACUCUCUACGUCAAACCAGAAUACUUGCCGUGUAGCAAUGUGAGGACCGCGUCUCACUGCCAAUCUGGAAAAGCACCAACUGUUUACCAAAAAAUCGAUAUUUGAAUGUGAAGUUUCUAAGCUCGUCCGCGUUUAUUUAGAUGUGCGUAUUAAAUGACAAAGAUUUUAUAGUAAGAACGCUAUGACUUUACAAAUCACCACAUGUCACUAUUUUGAGAUGGUCCAUUUUAACAAUAACAUGGUAGCGGAAGAAUAUAAACUCUCACUCCGAUGUAGUGGUGUCUGGUGAUAUUUUAAAAGUAUGAAGGUCUUCUAUAUAUUUUUUUUGUUAUUUCCAUUCACAUCUGUUGUCUUACUUAACUUGAUGUUUAGGCGCAACUUGAAAAGUGUAUCUCAUACCGGUGAUUCAAAAUUGUGUUGUUGAAAAUUUCCACUGAUAAAAAACAGUAUGGUGCAAAAGGGUGAUAGUACCCCGGUCAAAAUGAUACCAAAACAGUGUAACAAAAAAGUAGCAAUGCAAAUUUCAUCAUACAAUCACUAAUGAAAUGGCAUUAAAGUGUUUUAUAAUUAUUGCAGUAGAUGCUUAAAUCGCUUAAUGGUGUAUUUAUACAGGUGUAGUUAAAUAAUUAUUGUAAUAAUUAAAUUUACAUUACAUAAGUUUUUUAACAUUAUCCAUAUACGAGAUAGCUUAUUGUACACUGUUUUGGUGACAUUCAUUCAGUUCGGUUUACAUUGGGGCUAUGGUUAAAGCGGAAUAAAAUUCUGGAGUGAAACUGUAUGAUAGAAAAGUGUUGAACAAUAUACUUUUGAUAAAAUGGGAUGCUUUCGUAUAGGUAGUUAUGUCGGAAGUGCGGUGCAGUGUAUCGUCAGGCGGCCGAUGUGUGAACUGUGACUAUAAAUGUGCAAACCAAAAAGUGUCGAACUUAAACCCUCUCCGGAAUGCCCGAGUGCUAGAAGUGCCUUCAUACGCUAUAAGCGAAAACAUGUCGAAUCCUGUUUAUAAUAUUAUAAGUGAUGUUAUCGAUUGUAUCGUUGGAAACGCUAUGAACGGCCUCGAAUAUACGAAUAUCGUAAAUUUUUGUCAUGUAAUGAAUUGCGUUGAAUGGUCUGUUACAGGCCUGUCUAUGCAAUGAGAAUCUUAUUUGGAAUUGUUUGUGUGUAUCUGGUCUAAUGGUAUGACACUAUUUGUCACAAAUAUUGUUUAUAACGAAAUGUAGGGCAGCCGCUUAUAUUGAAUUAUGUAUUGUAAUUUAUUAUUAUCUCCACUAUUUUCGAAAAUUUAAUUUGUAACGUUAUUUAUGUUUGGGAUCAUAAACAGUGUAAAUGUCAUUUACACCGAAACUGCUUGCGUCGAAUCGAAUAUUGAUAUUAAUGAGAUAGUCCUGAAAAUAAUAUGUACAUAUUGUGAUAUUUUAAUUUAAUCGUGUAAUAGGCGUUGUAGGAUUAAAGUAGUGAUGUAAAACCUACCUUAUUCACUGCUGGUAAGUGCUAGUGUUACCGGCAUGUUGCCAUGACCAAAUGUCUGAGUAGUGGAUAUGGUAUGAGAAGGUGAAGCUGGCCUAAUGUAAAUAGCGUGCAAGGUCCCGUGCGACCAGUACUCUAGGGGUCUACUCUCUUUCUCCGAAAUGAACUUUCGCUAACGAAGUUCAAACGAAAUUUAAUUUCGUCAAUUUAAGGUUAUACUUAAUUUGAACGAUAAACCAUCAAAUUGAAGCUUUCUUUGAGUAGGCUUAGAAAAUCUACACCACAAUCUAUAUUCCGCCGACGAAUAUUGUUAUAAUUAAAAACAAACCAGAAAAAUACAAAGAAAAGUGCGAAGUUUUGAUCGAAAUAUCGUUUUUCGUUGAAUCAGAGUAGGCCUCCUGAUCAGUGAUCACCUUCAGAAACUUGUCUAUAGAUUUUAUGCGAGUCUCAUGAAGGCCACUAUUGUGUAUUGGCUCCUAUGUGUACGCAUAUCGAACGCGUUGUACAAAGAUCUAUAUUUAUAAAUAUUUUAAAUGAUUGAUAUAAUAAACAUCUAUUUUCAAUCA